AUCAAGCAAUCCAGACAUCUCACCAGCACCCUUCUACCACUAUCAUACAAGCUACAGCUAGAUUACCGAGGCUUUCAUCAUAUUCCAGAUUCAGCAGAUCAUUUAUCAGCGAAGCCCCGUUCUUCUAUACAUCAUGGCCACAUAUGUGAUCACAGGCGUUUCUAGGGGUCUUGGUUGGGAGUUCCUCAACCAGAUUUCGAGCAACUAUGACAACACUGUCAUUGGAAUUGUGCGAAACAAGCCGCAAACCGACAAGAGGAUCGAGGAAGAGCUAAAUGGGCGGUCGAACAUCACCAUUCUCGAGGCUGAUCUGACCAAUCCUGACUCCAUAAAGAAAGCUGCUGAAAGCUCCGUCACGGCGACUGGGGGGAAGGUCGACUAUCUAAUCGCCAAUGCUGGCUUCGUCCCCCAGGAGCGCAUGUUCGACGGUCUUGACGUCCGUGGGGAGAAGCCCGCGGAGCUCGAAGAGGAGCUUUCCAAGCUGAUCCAGACCAAUGUCACCGGCAACAUCCACCUGUUUAACAGCUUCAUGCCGCAGGUACUUAGGGGCAAGGUGAAGAAGGUUGUGACCAUUUCCAGUGGAAUGGGUGAUCCGGAGUUCAUCAAGGAUUACGAUAUCUCGGAGAGCCCUCUUUAUUCCAUCAGCAAGGCGGCCAUGAACAUGGUGACGGCCAAGUUCAGUGCCCUUUAUAAGAAGGACGGCGUGCUCUUCUUGAGCAUCUGUCCCGGUAUGGUUGAGGUCGGACAUUUCGAUAAGAUGACCCCGGAGCAGCUGAGUGGCUUGGAGAAGAUGGCGGCCAAGUUCAAGAGAUACAACCCGGACUUCACGGGCCCCGAUACCCCACCGGACUCUAUCAAGGCUGUCAUGUCCGUCGUCGACAAUUCCAGCAUUGAGAACGGGCAAGCUGGUGAUUUCCUGUCACACUUUGGGACGAAGAGGUGGGUGUGAGUUCGUCAUGGCUUUCGCUCGAGUUCUGGUUAGGACUGGAGCCAGUGAGAAGGGAUGGGGGUAAAUGGUGUUCUACUGUUCUGCCGUGGUCGCAUUCUCACUUGUACUCGUUCUUGAAUUUAAGUCCAGAUAUAUCGGUUUGAUCAUACCUGACAAGAGUCCUGGUUGAAACAUUAGCCCAUGAG